AUUCAAUAAAAGAGAAGAGGAUUUUCCAUCCUUGAAGGAGUACAAUGAUUAUCUGGAAGAAGUGGAAGAUAUGACUUUCAAUUUAAUAGAAGGAAUAGAUGUUGAUGCAAUUGAAUCUAAUAUUGCUAAAUAUCAAGAAGAGAAUGCUGACCAGAUUAUCAUUGCUCGAGCCCGGAAGGCAGAAGAAUUAGCAGCUGCACUAAAUGCAAGCAAAGGACCUGUACAGACUGAAACUACAGAUUUGGGUGCUGGAUUGGGCUCACAAACCACAGGUACUGGCUUGCAAGGGCACUAUGCCCCCACCACUCUACCUGGUUCCGGGCUCUUGCAACCUCGUCCUACAGGCAUGGUACCACAGCCUUUACCGAUUGGGGGUCUAAGUAUUCACCCUCAUGGCUAUGCAGUUGAGGAUGAGGAAGGGAUGAAGUUGAGGGCAGAGAGAGCUGCAAAAGCUGGUGGAUGGACUGCGGACUUGAGCAGAAAAAGAGCACUUGAAGAAGCAUUCAAUAGUAUUUGGAUUUGAUAAACUUCUUUCAAGAAGAAAGUAAAUGUAGACCUCCACUAUAUCUCUUAGGAGAGAGGUUGAAUGUGCACUUUUUUCUUGAUUCAUAGAUAACGAUAAAUGUAUUUUUUUGAGUCCGUUAUUUUCUCCUGAGAGGCGGUAAAGGAUGAGCAUACUACAAUGCACGUUUAAUUUGAGGAUGUCUACUGAAAAUUUAUGAAUUUGACCCGCGUAGUAUA